ACAGCUCAGAACCAAUUGCUGCUAAACUGCCCCCACCUCAGUAUCUUACACUCACUGUUUGAUCUCUGCCACCUGUUUUUGCUGCACUUGUCCCUCUGUCACUCUGAUUUUCUUGCUCACUCGCUCACCUUCUGCUUACAAUACUAAGCACUCCUUCCGAAUUAGAGACGCACCGGGCUGAAAGAAGCAGCAUUGUCUUCCUCAAAGCCACACAGAGUGUUUUGAUUUAAAAAACUGGAAGGAUCCAGUGGAGACUAUAUGCCUUUCUACCGACCACUUUAUGAAUGGGAGAGACCUUCACCGCCUCCAUACGUUCAUUUUAAGAUGUCAUGGCGCCCACAGUACCGGUGCUCUAAAUUCCGGAAUGUCUACGGGAAAGUGGCGAGCCGAGAGAACUGUUAUGAUUGUAUACCGAUCACAAAGAAUGUGCACGACAACCACUUCUGUGCCGUCAACCCUAAGUUUCUGGCAAUUGUCACUGAAAGUGCAGGAGGGGGUUCAUUCUUUGUAAUUCCUUUACACCAGACUGGCCGCAUUGAACCUAAUUACCCUAAAGUGUGUGGACAUCAAGGCACAGUUUUGGACAUUAAGUGGAACCCAUUCAUAGAGAAUAUCAUCGCAUCCUGCUCUGAAGACACCUCGGUGAGGAUAUGGGAAAUACCAGAUGGUGGUUUGAAGAGGAACAUGACAGAGGCUGUCCUGGAGUUAUACGGACAUAGCCGGAGAGUGGGGCUCAUAGAAUGGCACCCAACCGCUAUCAACAUUCUCUUCAGUGCUGGUUAUGACUACAAGAUCUUGAUCUGGAACCUGGAUGUCGGUGAAGCAGUGAAGAUGAUAGACUGUCACACAGAUGUCAUCCUCUGUAUGUCUUUUAACACAGAUGGGAGUCUCAUGGCCACCACAUGUAAGGACAAAAAGUUACGUGUUCUGGAACCUCGGUCAGGGCGUGUCUUGCAGGAAACCACUUGUAAGAAUCAUAAGGUGACACGGGUUGUUUUCUUUGGGGAUAUGAAGCGUCUCCUCACAACAGGUGUCUCCAAAUGGAACACAAGGCAGAUAGCAUUGUGGGACCAAGAGGAUCUGUCCAUGCCUGUGACAGAAGAGGAAAUAGAUGGCCUUUCUGGACUGUUAUUCCCCUUUUAUGAUGUAGAUACACAUAUGUUAUACCUUGCUGGAAAGGGAGAUGGUAACAUUCGCUAUUAUGAGAUUACUGCAGAAAAGCCAUACCUGACAUACCUGAUGGAAUUCCGCUCUCCUGCCCCGCAGAAAGGCUUAGGGGUGAUGCCAAAACAUGGGCUGGAUGUGUCAGCAUGUGAGAUUUUUCGAUUUUACAAGCUUGUCACCUUGAAGAACCAGAUAGAGCCAAUAUCCAUGAUUGUUCCUAGAAGGUCAGAAAACUACCAAGAAGACAUUUAUCCAAUGACUUCAGGCACAGAACCAGCACUGAGCCCGGAUGAAUGGCUGCGUGGAGUCAACAAAGGCCCUGUUCUGAUGAGCCUGAAGGAGGGUUAUAGGAAAGAGAACAAAGCCAUAUAUAAAGCCCCAGUGAAAGAGAAGAAGAGUUUGGUGGUGAAUGGAAUUGAUCUGCUUGAGAACGUUCCACCCCGAACUGAGAAUGAACUGCUCCGCAUGUUCUUCAAGCAGCAAGAAGAAAUACGGCGCUUAAAGGAACAGCUGAGCCAAAGAGAUCUUCUUGUCCGACAGUUGGAGCUGGAGCUAAAAAACCUGAGGAACAGCCCAAAGGACAGCUAGCUGACUCCUACUCAUGGGUAUUCUCAGCUGCACCAAGGACAGUCAUUGGCCCUUGUUCUUGCCUUCUGGAGGGUCAUUGUUUAUAAAUGUACUAACUACCCAUGUAUUAUCCAUCUGUGGUAGUCAAGGAAACUGGGUUUAGAGCUGCACCGUGCUAUAUAUCUCCAAAUGCAUUUAGACCUUCCGUAUGUGCCCUGAGCUUAAACAUCUAUAUUUCUGCGCUCUUUCUCCUCUGCUUGGGAAUCUGUCUAGCACCAAGAUAGGCGCCAUGCCUCUGAUCCAUGCAGUUCUCCCAGAAUACAUGCAUUAAUUGUCGUAUGCUUUCAUAUCUGGUGGAGAUAGAUCUGCUCGAGGGGAAGAGAGGGGGCAUGCUGGGUAAGAGGGCUUUCUGAGACCUACCUGACCUAUAUCUUUAAUGUGUGGGGUUAAUAGGUUUUCUAAAUACACUUCACUCUAAAUCCCAGCAGAUAACAUUCCUUUCCAGGAGGUAUUUGUUAAGCAGUUUCAGGGGUGUUGAAAAAAUAAAGCCAUAAUUGAAUGUGCCGAAUAUACAGAAUGAGCUAUAAAUAAAACACUGCGGAGCUCCUUCUUCCUCCUUCUUCUCUUUGUUUCCAGCCUACUCAUUUCUUAUUAUUUCCUCCUACUCACCCUUUCAAUCACAUAAAUACAUCUCCUCUAGUGAUCCAUGAUUUUUCCUCUUUAACAGAGCCUUUUUGUGCAAGAUGAGGCAUAUAUUAUUUAUUGCUAAUUACUUCCUAUGCAAAGUGUUAUAUUAAAGUUAUUAACAACCCAAA